GCCAUUCCGACGUUUUACGACGAAUACUAAUCAUUGGUGGUUCAUUCAUUUGCUUUGACUUCGCGUUCCCUAGUUGACUGCUGAAUUAUUUACACUCGCCUCAUCGUUGGCAUAUGAUAACCUUGGUCGAGUCCCCGCCGGCGAAGUACUAAUAAUAUACCUAGUCUUAACAGGAAAAUUUGAGCGGAUUCAAUCACUACACAGCCUACCUCAUUUAUCUACCAUUGGUGACCAUGGAUCAAGUUGUACCAGGAGUCUGGAUUGGAGAUCUCCAGAGCGCUUUGGAUGUCAAGGGAUUGAAGGAGAGAAACAUCUUCAGCAUUGUAACAGCGAUGCGGGGAAAAGUUACCAUUAAUGCGACAAUUAACAAGUACCAGAUCAACAUUGACGAUAGUGCAAAUGAAGAUGUCCUCGUGCACUUUUUGCCAUCAAUAUCAUUUAUCCAGAACGAGCUCGACAAGGGUCGUGGUGUACUCGUACACUGUAUGGCUGGAAUCAGCAGGAGCGCAACGAUCGUCGCAGCAUACCUCAUGUACUCGCUGAAGCUUGACCCGGAAAGCGCUGUAGACAUGAUAAGGACGGUGAGGCCCAUCGUUGAGCCAAAUGAGGGAUUUAUGGAACAACUGAAAGUGUUUCACCGAGCGUCAUACAAGUUCACGCGGCGUGAUAAGGCAACCCGCAUGUUCUACUUGGAACGGACAGUGGAGGAUGUUAUGAAUGGAGAUGGGACGAUUCCAGAGAAUGCAAUGUUUGCCAAGCAUCCCCGAACACCAUCUGAUUCUGUACCCAAUACACCGAUGAUCGUGCCAAGCCGUCGAAUACGAUGCAAGAUGUGCAGGCAAGAGCUAGCGACCCGCGAGCACAUGCUCGAUCACGGGCAACUAGGCCCACCGACUCCCGCUCUGCCCUCACUAUCCCCUGCCACGUCGAGGCGCCCGUCUGCGAAUGACCGCGGCACGUCCUCGCGGCGACCGUCCAUGAGCCUCGGCGCGCGGGCGCUGAUGGAAUCGUUCUCAAUGUCAUCGCUUUCAAUGUCAGCACUCUCAAUGUCAGCACUCGACACGGAGGAUGAUCACGAGUCAGAUGAUCUCAAGAAUGGGCACACGGGUGAUUUGCCUCCCCUUAGAGUUGACGUGAAGUCCUCGCGAUCACUCUCAAUGUCAAUGGAAGGCCUUGGGAAGGACCUAUCGGAUGUACUCGAUGCAUCUGUCGCCACAGAUGAAGGCCCAUCAACAGGGACGGCCACACAAUCCGAGACGGUGCGUGUGCUGUCGCCUGUACAAGAUAGCCAGGAUACAUCGAAGACCGGGGGACCGCCGCAGCCUCCGUUGGACCUGGCAGCUGAGCUGCAUUCUCAUCCGAAACUCGCGGCGCUGCGCACGCCUCCGUCGUUGAGUAUGACGGGGAUAAAAUCGGUGGUCAGUCCACCGAUCCUCAUGAACCCCAAGUGUUCUGGGUAUUUUGUCGAACCGAUGAAAUGGAUGGAACCUUUUUUAGAGAGUGGCCAAUUAGCAGGGAAGAUUAUUUGCCCGAAAUGCAGUGCUAAGCUCGGCAACUAUGACUGGGCUGGCGUAUGCUGCAGCUGCAAUAGAGAAUGGGUGACACCAGUACGUUGCAUUUACUUCCAACUUUUCGCUCUUCGUACACAAACUCACUACAUGCCAGGGUUUUUGUAUACACCGAUCUAAAGUCGACGAAGUAGUGGUUUGAGCAGCCACGGACCAGAUAUCUAACAUAUAUAAGCACGGAGC